GAGGAGCUAUUCUUCACUCAAUUUGACUUGUGACAGACUUUUACUUAUAACUUGUGCUAGCUGCAGGGAUUUAUUAGCCUUAUUGGUAUACUGUUACCCAUUGUCUCUGUCUUUCUAUUUCAAAGAGGUUCGAGGCUCUCCUUCGAGAUCUAGCCAUCUAUGCUUCAAGUCCCGCUUCGGGAACAGCCCAACAACAACAAUAUGGCUUCCACAAAGGCCGUGAUCCUGGUCGGUGGUCCCUCUCGAGGCACUCGUUUUAGGCCACUGUCUUUGGAUGUGCCCAAGCCCCUAUUCGAAGUCGCCGGUCAUCCAAUCAUUUCACACUCCCUCAAAGCCGUCGCCAAAGUUCCUGGUCUUCGCGAGGUCAUCCUUGUUGGAUAUUACGACGAAUCGGUCUUCCGAGACUUCAUCAAGGAUGCCAGUAAAGAAUUUCCACACCUGCGCAUUCAGUAUCUGCGAGAAUAUACCGCGUUAGGUACCGCCGGCGGCCUCUACCAUUUCCGCGAUGCCAUUUUGAAGAAUAAACCGGAGCGGUUUUUCGUCUUGAACUCUGACGUCUGCUGCUCCUUCCCAUUGGGGGAGAUGUUGAAGCUCUUUGAAGAAAAGGAUGCCGAGGCUGUGAUUCUGGGAACACGAGUUAGCAACGAAGCUGCUACGAAUUUCGGUUGUAUUGUCUCGGACGCGCAUACGAAACGUGUCUUGCAUUAUGUCGAGAAACCAGAAUCUCACAUUUCCAAUUUGAUCAAUUGCGGCGUAUACUUGUUCGCUACCGAAUGCAUUUUCCCUUCGAUUCGCAGCGUUAUCAAACGCCGUGCUACCCGGCCGCGACUCUUGUCGUACCCUUCGUCAGAUAAUCUCGACUCUUCAUUCAUUGCCGAGGAUGACGAUGCCGAGAAACCAGAAGUCCUUCGCUUAGAGCAGGAUAUUCUUUCUGAUUUGGCCGACAGCAAUCGAUUCUUCGUCCACGAAACGAAGGACUUCUGGCGUCAAAUCAAGACUGCCGGAUCUGCAGUGCCCGCCAACGCGUUGUAUCUACAAAAAGCCUUCCAGGCUCAAUCAGAAGAACUCACUCCCCCUUCAGCUUUUAUUGUGCCGCCGGUCUAUAUCCACCCUACAGCUCAAGUUGAUCCCACCGCGAAGCUGGGUCCGAACGUGUCUGUUGGACCCAGAGCCGUUAUUGGUGCUGGUGCUCGUGUGAAGGAAGCGAUCAUUCUGGAAGAUGCGGAAAUCAAGCAUGACGCAUGUGUUUUGUACUCUAUCAUCGGUUGGGGUAGUCGUGUUGGUGCCUGGGCACGUGUGGAGGGUACACCGACACCGGCAGGCAGCCAUUCGACGAGCAUUAUCAAGAAUGGAGUCAAGGUGCAGAGUAUUACGAUAUUGGGUAAGGAGUGUGGUGUGGGUGAUGAAGUACGAGUACAAAACUGUGUCUGUUUGCCGUAUAAAGAAUUGAAACGGGAUGUCACGAACGAGGUUAUCAUGUAGAUCGUCUUGUCGACUCUCAUGGAAUUAUUGUCCAAGAAAAUGUCUGGUUAAAAGUAAUACCUAGUUCAAUCUAAUUACUUCAGCAUUCAUAACGAAUCUGUAUGGAUGCUUAAUAUCAACUUUUUAUCAAUUUCCCAUUCUAACCAUAGACCGAAAACACCUUCAAAUACCAAAAACGCCAAUCAUGAUAUAACGAAACCCAGUCUAAAUAACUCCUUGAAAACAACAACUAUCCCCUAUAACCAUACCCACCCUCGUCGUAGGUCGUCCGUUGAGGCCUGAACGCUUCAUAUCCCGUCUGCUGCCCAUCGAACCGGGUGUGUAACGGCGAGUAAGGGGUCUGUCUCGUCGCAGCUGCUGACGCCCACCUCAUGCCGGUCGCAGGGGGAACAUCUGGAAUACCAUCGUAAUAUUCCACAUCAUGGUCUUGAGGCUGAAAUUGCUGUCUCUGCUGCUGUUGUGGAUGUUGAUAUUGUUGUUGUUGUAUGGCCAUAGUAUCAUCAUGUCGAACCGUUCCAAGCGCAUUAUAAACAUCCGCUCGUGUAGUAUUCGUAUCUGGAUGAGUCUCUUCGUGAGCGACAACCGCAGUCGCAAGAGGGAUAGCACUCUCAUUCCUCGUAUGCAACUUGUAAUCCUGCCCGUAAGUACUAUUCCCAUUCAUCGAAUCGUAUUCUUCCAGAAGUAGUAGGUUUCUCUGAUCUUUCCUUGCGACGCCAUCGAUAACGGCAUGGAUGAAUGUAAAUGCCAUUGCAACUACCGUAAACGAGAAAAGGGUCUUGUAUAAUCGACAGACCAUCACCCCAGUUGAUGUGCCCCAUGAAUUGACGUCGCAGGUUGUGCGUAAUGUGCCCCGCAUGCUAUACCCCAGAAAUCCGAGGGAGAGCGUCCAGAGGAUGAAGAGGAUCACAUUUAUGGUUAGGGAGAACAUGGGUCGGAGACUGUUGCGGGCGUAGAGGAGGGUAGUGAGGAGGAGGUUGAUGAGGGUGAGGAAGCAUGUUAUUAUGAU